UUAAACAAAAGUUCCCUUUAAUUGCGGUGUUAAUCUCCAACUUUCCUUAUUGGGAUUCCAGGAUUUUGGAGGGUAGAAGUAAGAGUGAGGAUAAAAAUGAUGAUAGUUUGAAUUUUAAGAAAGCAUGGGUUGAAGUAAUCAUUUGAACAACUGUUUAUUAUACUAUUCUGUUUUACCCUUUUGGUUUCUGUUUGAAACAUUCGGCAACUUUCAUCCUCCCAACAUUUUUCUUCCUAAUGAGAUUAAGGCGUAGUCAAUGCAUUCUUUCUUGUGCCUCCUCCCAUCAUAAAGCUGAUGAAGAUGAAAGUAAUUGGCAAAGAAGGAAGCUUGAUGAAGAGCCAGCAUGGUCGCAUAAUUCUCCUCACGUAAUCUCUCAGUUAGCUCAGUGCUUUUCUAAUGCUAUGGUUGGACCACGAGCAUGGAUAGGAGGAAUCUUCAACCGCUCAGGCAAUAGACGGUUUGGAAGCGAUAAAUAUCUUGACUACCCUUUAACUCCUCUUCAGGAAGAAAGAUUACGUGCGCUUCAAGAACGGCUAGGAGUACCUUUUGAUGAAACACGCCUAGAUCAUCAAGAAGCUCUUCAAGCUUUAUGGAAUGCAGCAUUUCCAAAUGUGAAGCUAAAAAGUUUGAUCUCCGAGCAAUGGAAGGAUAUGGGCUGGCAAGGAGCAAAUCCAUCGACUGACUUCAGGGGUUGUGGAUUUAUUUCACUCGAGAAUUUGCUGUUUUUUGCAACAAGAUAUCCGGCUUGUUUUCAUAGGUUGCUUUUCAAGCGAAGUGGAUCUAGGGCAACGUGGGAGUAUCCAUUUGCAGUCGCUGGGAUUAACGUUACAUUCAUGUUGAUUCAGAUGCUUGACUUAUACUCAGAAAAGCCAAAGUGUCUACCGGGAAUUAAUUUCGUUAAGUUAUUAGGAGAGGAUGACGAGGCAUUUGAUGUUCUAUACUGUAUAGCAUUCGCGAUGAUGGACGCACAGUGGCUGGCUAUGUGUGCUUCAUAUAUGGAGUUUAAGGAUGUUUUGCAAGCGACGAGGACGCAAUUAGAGAGAGAAUUAUCAUUAGAAGAUAUACAAAGAAUAGAAGAUCUGCCAGCAUACAACCUGAUAUAGCACAUACACUUCUUAUUCCCCUCUGUAAUACCUGAUAUAGCUCACUCAUUCUGCAGUUUGGUUAAUUAAAGACAGACAAAAAAAAAAAAAAAGCAGUCCGGUGCACUAAGUUCCCGCUAAGUGCGGGGUCCGGGGAAGGGCCGGAUCACAAGGGUCUAUUGUACGCUGCCUUAUCCUGCAUUUCUGCAAGAGGUUGUUUCCACAAGAGACAGAAUGUGAUAAAUGAUUGAGAUACAUCCAAUAGCUAAACCUGAAAUUUUCUGUACAAAAAGGUGGUAGUUUACGCAACGCAAAGAUUACUGAAUAGGUUUCCAAUGUUUUCUAGGAUCUAUUUAGUCGUGUCAGUAGAAAAUAUAGAGAACUUCUAGAGCUUUUUACUUUAAUUUUUGUUUAAUUUUGUAUGAUAUCGGAUUGAGAAGAGCUUAAAUGGACAUGAAAGAUUCAUAUUUCCCAUACAGCGUGCUUGGGAUUUGUUGAUGUGUAGUUGUUGAACGUUACUGAA